AUGGGCCUGAGCGACGACACGGAUCGCAUUGUGAUUAACGUGGGAGGGAUCAGACACCAGACAUACCGCAGCACUUUGCGCACGUUACCCGGAACCCGCUUGUCUUGGCUCGCCGAACCUGAUGCGCCCAAUCACUUUGACUAUGACGCCAAGAUUGAUGAGUUUUUCUUUGACCGCCACCCGGGCGUCUUUGCGCACAUCCUCAACUACUACAGGACAGGUAAACUGCACUGCCCCGCGGAUGUGUGCGGGCCCCUGUACGAGGAGGAGUUGGCCUUCUGGGGCAUUGAUGAGACUGACGUGGAGCCGUGCUGCUGGAUGACCUACAGGCAGCACCGGGAGGCAGAGGAGGCCCUUGAUAGUUUCGGCGGGGGAGGAUUGUUAGACCUGGUGAAUGAAGACCAUGAGCCAGAUGCAGAUCACACUGAGGAUGAUGAUGAGAUGACACGGAGGCUGGCGCACGUAGACCACACGGAAGUACGCACGGGGAGCCUGUGGAGCAAGUGGCAGAAACAUGUUUGGGCUCUGUUUGAGGACCCCUACUCCUCCAAAUAUGCAAGGUGGAUCGCUCUGGCCUCGCUCUUCUUCAUCCUGGUCUCUAUCACCACCUUCUGCCUGGAGACCCACGAGGCCUUCAACCCCAUCAUCAACCGCACAGAGCUGGAGCUGAUAGACAACGUAACCGUGGAGCGCAUCUACCAAGAAACCGAAACUGCCGCCUACCUCACCUAUAUCGAAGGCGUGUGCGUGAUAUGGUUCACUUUCGAAUUUCUCAUGCGAGUAACUUUUUGCCCAAACAAACUAGACUUUAUAAGAAAUGCCCUCAACAUUAUCGACUUUGUGGCCAUCCUUCCUUUCUACCUGGAGGUGGGCCUCAGCGGCCUCUCCUCAAAAGCAGCUAAAGACGUGCUCGGCUUCCUCAGAGUGGUGCGUUUUGUCCGAAUCCUCCGAAUCUUCAAGCUGACGCGGCACUUUGUUGGACUUCGAGUUCUGGGCCACACGUUACGAGCCAGUACCAACGAAUUUCUGCUUCUCAUCAUCUUUUUGGCACUCGGAGUACUCAUAUUCGCCACUAUGAUUUAUUAUGCUGAACGAAUCGGAGCCAACCCCAACGACCCAAGAGCCAGCGAACACACACACUUCAAGAACAUCCCCAUUGGAUUCUGGUGGGCUGUGGUAACCAUGACGACCCUGGGCUACGGAGACAUGUACCCUCAGACCACUUCAGGGAUGAUGGUUGGAGCCCUCUGUGCCCUGGCUGGUGUGCUGACCAUUGCGAUGCCCGUCCCUGUGAUUGUCAACAACUUUGGAAUGUAUUACUCCCUGGCCAUGGCGAAACAGAAACUACCAAAGAAAAACAAGAGGCAUAUACCACGACCACCACAUCUCGGAUCUCCCAACUACUGCAAGACUAGCAUCAGCUCACAACACCCUAGCCCUGUGGUCGUCCACGAUGAUGUCUUCGAGAUCAAGUUUCAAGACUCCAAACUGAACGGCGAGGCAGCUAAUGCGGCGUUGGCGAACGAAGACUGCCCUCACAUUGACCAGGCGAUAUCUCCAGAGGAAAUCUUCAGCCCCAGCGAUAGAGAGCGCCCCUGUUUCUUGGUCACGACGGCAGAGCGCCCCAACCACAAGGGGGGCAGAGUGCGCAGGGGUUAUGAAAAGCCUUGGAGCCUUAACAGCAUGUCUGGCAUGAGCGGGGAUGCCUCUGGAGUGUCCUCAGUGUCCGCCCUGCCCUGCAGCCCACCAUGUCUAAUGCAGCACUCACAUUCUCCCAUCCCAUCCAUUAUGUAG